AUGUUACAUACUUUGUUUGUGGCAGAUGGAAUAUUGAUAGAUAACAAUUAUGCAAAUGUGUCUAAUUUGCAUACUCAAUGCAAAAGUGCCAUAAUCCUUCUAAUUGGUACAGUAAAUGAUUCGAUUGCCGACAUUUUGACAUGUGUAAGUUAGUUAAAGGUGUACAUAACCAAGCAUAAAUUAUGAAUUAUUGUGAAAGUCAUUUGCAUAAUCAGAAUAUUUCAUGGAGAUAUGAGGUAUACGAACUCUUCGUAAAGAUGUAAUCUUAAGGACACUUGCAGUAUAGUGGAAAAUACUAUCAUCUGUGGUUAGAGCAUUUCUCUUGACCACUUUUCAAUGUAUUAAAGAAAACAGAGAAAUUUCGGUCAGCUCUACUAACGUAACGCAUUCCCUAUCAAACUUAGUGUGUGUGCUUCUUGUUUUUGUAGCAUGUAAUAAAGUAAAGCUUUUAACUGAAUGACUCAUUGUCAGCCGUUGCCACGAUCAAGAUAAAUCUUAUUGACAUAACGAUAGCUGCUAUUGAAAAACAAAUAAAUGAGUACCACGUGUUUACCUCCAUUACGUUAAGACGCACUCGUGACUAUUACUAAGCUUUAUGAUUAGAACUGAGCUAUAAGUGAGCUAUAAAAGACUGAGUAGGUUGAAUCAAAGUCUUGUGAGACGUUCAGGUAUCAGUGAUCACAAAGCCUAUAAGAUUGGAAAGAUGGUUAGUCUUUCUGUGAUUGAUCGUCGCUGUUUUGCAGCACGGUGGUGCAGCUUCAGCCACAUCUGAUCUGACCCAGCACGAAGUUCUGGACGAGAAACGUGAUUUUGUCCUGUCCUGGACGUCUGAUGACGAGCAGAUCGAGCUGGAGGCCCGGGUGAGAACCAGGGGGUGGCUCGGCCUGGGUCUGUCUCCAAACGGAGCCAUGCCGGGAUCGGACAUCGUCAUCGGCUGGGUGAAGGACGGACAGGCAUACCUUACCGAUCGCUACGCUGAAGACAAGGCGCUACCCCCUGUGGACGAGAGUCAGGACUGGGAACUUUUGUCUGGGUACGAGAACGAGACUCACACCGUUCUCAGGUUCAAACGGAAGCUGCAGACUUGUGACGUCAGAGAUCGUGUCAUCAAUAAAGACACCCUGCGUGUUUUGUGGGCGUGGAACGAACACGACCCAGACGGUGACACCGGUCCUGGCUACCAUGGCCAUCACCGCGGGGUUCGCAGCAGCGUCCUCCUGAGAAAUGACAUGGAGAGUGACUCUUUACCCGCCCAGGUCCACACAUAUGAUGUUACUAUGGCAAAUGCAACCAUUCCAGCUAAGAGAACAACCUAUUGGUGUAAGUUGUUGGAGGGGCCGACACUGCAGACCAAACAUCACAUCUUCAAGGUAGCAGUAAAUUUGUGCUGUAUCAGCGUCAUUAACCGUACAGUUAGCAUUCCAUCUUUUAUCCCAAAGACAGGCAAUGGUGAUGUGACAUCGUUGUUGUCCAAGAAAAAAGGGCGUAUCUUAAUUAUGCUUAUAUGAUAAUAUUAUUUCAACAGCAGAUAUUCAUUAGCUAUUCGUUAUUUCAAAUAGACGACGUCGUUCAUUUGUAUGUGCAUUGAUUGCUAUAAAUCAUUGAAACAAAAUCAAUGCUAUAUUUGUUCCAUAUGCCCGACGGUUGAAUAUAAAUAUUUCACAAGACCAACUUUUACUUUUGUAGGAUAAAAGAACUUCACUUCAUCCUUGCGUGACCAUGGUACUGAAGCAGAACGUUCUGUUUUGUCUCUUUUGGCCCGCACAUCAUAUGGUCCUGAUAUUUGGUGGCAGAUAGCUUUUGAUGGAAAGUAGAAUAUUGGUGUAGGUUAGAGCCUCCUUUCAGCCUGCUCUGGAGCUGCACUUUUAUUGUGUAUAACUGAACAAAGAAACGAGGAAUUUUGCUGAAAUUCAAUCUGCAGGUGACAGCGAUG